AUAUUCGCUCACCUCAAAAACAACUGCGGACUUCUAUAAGCCUAGAUGAGUAGGUCAGGCGAAGUCACUCAGUUUGACUCAAGCCCUCGUAGGCGCCGUUGCUGGCGGAGAAGUGUUUCAUGAAUUGAAAAUCGCUGAACGUUUUCCUGGAGCUUGUCAUUGUUCUCCCGGUGUCGUGCCGUUCAGGUUCACCGCAAACGACGACGCCUACACCCGAUAGGGUCGUCGCGUCUCCGGAGGUGACCAGCGGUGAAAAGACAAUAGAGAACAUGAUUGAAGAAAAACGUUCAGGAUUCUCCACUGGGUGGCAUCUCCACUCUCAACUGAAGUCGAGACGCGGACUGCUGUUCCAUCAUGACUCGCCUAUACUGCUUUUCUCGGUGGUGCUCUGUCUGAGUGUUCUUGCAGCACUAGUUUCUUUCGACUGUUCUACAUGUCGGGUUUGCACAGCCCUGGCUGACUCCGUCAGCGGUCGUGAGACGGAUACCGAUUUGAAUGAUACGUACAGUCGGGCUGAAACAGGAGAGGGCAACCCAGCUGAAGAGAGCAGCGGCGCUACAGAAGUAUACGGCGGUGCCGGGGAAGAAAACUGCACUACUGUCGGCAAACGGACUGAGUCGCAUACCGUCGGACCAUUGCAAGAACGGAGCAGAUAUCCGAGCGUCGCCGCGCGUGUUUCAAGGAUCCUACACUCCGGACGGGCUCGUCCAGUAGUGGCUUCUGGAAUCCUUGCAAGCCUUGUGCUUUCUGUCCUGCUCGGUGCAAUCUUUCUGAACUCGGACAGAAAGUCGGGUAAAGCAACUACGCCAGCUCCAAGUAAGACAUCAGAUGUGCAUCUCGUGAACACUCGGAAAUCCCCGCAGCAUUCACCCGAAGACAUGUCACGAUGACAGCCUUGCUGCAAUAACUUCAGCGUUCAGAAUCUAGAAUGCUCUGGAUUCGCUUUUGCUACCAAACCUUUUCUGUUCGUUUGGCUUUCCUUUGCUUGUUCACUCAGUCGGGGUGUAAGUUGCCAACGGUGCCACCACGCUAGUCUGCAACUCUACCUGUACACAUACACAUGGACGCAGUGCGAGUAGUACGGUUGCCAUUACCCUAAUCACCGUGCUAUUCGGGACUUCAUUUCUGUAGUUUGAUGUUAUAGUGACGUCUGUUGGUAGUAGUGCGCAUGCGGGUCAUCAUGUGUGAUGAUGGACGGCUGAGAACACAGGGAAUGGAUAUUCGGCAGACGAUACGCACCGUUAACGCUCAUGCGGGC